AAAGAGAGAGAGGUGAUAAUGUUCAAAUCAUUUACCUUUUGCCUUCUCAGUUCAGUUGUUUGCUUUAUCGUGAUCUGUGCAUGCCUUGUUCAAUUAAACAUAUUUAUUCUCUUUUUUCAACCAAAGGAAAACACUGGUAUUUUUUUAGUUUAUGGUGUAUCUUCUUUUACAAGGUUGCCUUUUUCUUUUUUCUUUUCCUUUUUUUCCCAAGGGUUUAGUUUCAGUAGUAAACAGCAAAAUUUAGGAUCCAUGAAAUGGAGUUCCAGCUUAUGAUGCAAGAAAAGGCAUUUAGCUGUAAAGUUCCACGGUUGCCCACACGCCCCCUGUGUCUGUGUGGUUCUCUCUUUUUUUAUCUGUUCAUAAGAUUUUAAAUUUUAAUCUCUGAUUAGAAUAAAUACUAUUAUGCUUUUCAUUUUAAAAUUUUGAUUUUGGUGGAUUUUUCGUGUUGUGGGGGGCAAAGCAUUUAUUAAAGACCCCAAUUCAAGAGUUGGGGUCUUUCCUUUCUCUCUCAGUCAUGGCACCUGCCAAGCUUUCUGGGUUUUGUAAACAAGGAAAUGACUGGCUUUACAACGCAAGGCUGCCAAGUGAUAUAACCAUUAUUGUGGAUGGUGUAAAAUUUCAUCUUCAUAAGUUUCCUCUCAUGUCGAAAUGUGGAAAGAUUGCUUGCAUGUUGGAAGAAAUACAAAGUAUCCAUGAUAGGACUUUUACCACAAAGCUUGAAGAAUUCCCUGGUGGCUCCGACACUUUCUUGUUUGCAGCAAAAUUCUGCUAUGGAAUUCAGGUGGAAUUUACAGCUAGAAAUAUAAUAACAGUGUACUGUGCAGCGGACUACCUUGAGAUGACAGAUGAGUAUGGGGAAGAUAAUUUACUUUUGAAGGCGGAAAGUUUCUUCCACAAAAAUGUACUUCACAACUGGAAGGAUUGUGUAUUGGCUUUGCAAAGUUGCGAAUCAUGCAUGCCAAGGGCAGAAAAGCUCCACAUAUUACAGAAAUGUCUGAAUGCUGUAUCUACGAUGGUUUGUACAGAUCCGAGUUUGUUUGGUUGGCCCAUGAUGAUGUAUGGUAGCCUCCAGAGCCCCGGUGGAAGCAUUCUAUGGAAUGGAAUAAACACUGGGGCAAAAAUACGAAGUGCAGAAUCUGACUGGUGGUUCGAAGACAUCUCUUAUUUCAGUGUAGGUUUGUUUGAAAGACUUAUCAAAACAAUGAAAGCAAGGGGUAUUAGAUCUGAAUAUCUAGCUGGUGCUGUAAUGUACUAUGCCAGAAAGUGUCUACCAGGUCUGGGCCGAUGGCAGAGUAGACCGAGUAGCAAAGCCAGGACAGUCGCGAGUUUUAGCUCGACUCCUGCUGCUGUUGAUCAAAGGGAUUUACUGGAAAACAUCGAAAAGCUUCUCCCAAAAAAGAAGGGCAAGUCAUUCUGCCGUUUUUUACUUGGACUUCUUCGUGUUGCAUCAAUAUUAGGUGUCAAUCAGACAUGCCUGGAUUCUUUGGAGAGGAGAAUAGGAAUGCAACUCGAGCUGGCUAGCCUUGAUGGUCUUUUGAUUCCUUCUUUCUCGAAUUCGGAUACUCUAUAUGAUACUGAUUGCGUUGAACGGAUCAUCCAUCAUUUUAUGUCAUCCGAAUCAGGGUUAACAUUAUUUUCCCCACCAUCAUUAGACCUCUUAUCCUCACCAUCAUUUGAGCCCUUAAGGAAAGUUGCUAGAUUAAUUGAUAAUUAUCUAGCCGAAGUUGCUUCUGAUGUAAAUUUGAAACCAGGAAAGAUACGUUCUCUCGCAGAGGUCCUUCCAGACUCUUCUAGAACUUUGCACGAUGGGCUGUACAGAGCACUUGACAUCUAUUUCAAGGCACACCCUUGGCUUUCUGAUAGAGAGAAGGAAGUCCUUUGCAACAUCAUCGACUAUGGGAAACUCUCCAUCGAUGCCUGUGCCCAUGCUUCCCAAAACAAAAGAUUGCCACUCAGAGUUGUUCUCCAAGUCUUGUUCUUCGAGCAAUUGCAUUUAAGAACGGCUUUAGCUGGUUGUCUCAAUGUCUUGGAAGCUGAAAGUGCUCCUACGGGUCAGGGGAUUGCCCCAACGGAGAUAGCUGGUAAUGUGACUGCCACUGGUGAAACCGGCCAGCGGAUUGUUCGAAGAGAUGGAUGGGUGACAAUUGUACGUGAAAAUCAAGUUUUAAAAGUGGAUAUGGAAAGGAUGAGGUCUAGAGUUGGAGAACUUGAAGACGAGGUCAGUAAAAUAAAGCGAGAAAUGAAAAAAGUGAAAAAAUCACGUAGCUCACUGAGUUCCCCCUGUAUAGUUGCUGGGAAAUUCGGAUGCAAGCCUCUUUCAAAAUCCUCAGAUUCUCAAACGGAUGUUGUUGGCAGCACAGGACCAACUCCAAGACCAUCAUUUGAGCAUCCACGUUCUUCCCAUCAUUCCAGGCAUCGAAAAAGUUUACCCUUGUUCCGAGAUUUAACACAUGGAAGCUAAUAUCAUCUUUUCAACAUACAAACAGCAGGUGGGUGCUCUUUCAAAAGUCACUCCCUAACAAAAGAUUUCCUUGUGUUGUACAUGAAAUAGUAAAAAAAGGGGUUCAUAUCACCUAUAGUUUUGGUGUUUACACUUUGAAAUCUUCCCCAUUCAUGAUUUUUAUUUUGGGAUCAUUAAGGUUUGAUGUAGGGGGGCAUAAUUUUCAUGAAUGGUCAAGAUUUCAUGUGAUCUGUAGGUGAUAUGAAGCUUUAAUAGCUUUGUUUGAGUUCAUUAAAUUGGAUAGGUAUAUUCAUUUAGGAUGUUGAAAAUUCACAGGCUUGAAAGUUAAUAGGUGUUGCCCUACAUUUUCUGUAUCGGUGCCAUCAUAGAAGUAAAUAUGAUUCCAUUGGUUUACAUGUAUAGCUCUGUAAAUCUAAGUUAUAGGUUUGCUUUUUUGCCCAGUGUUGUAACUUAUUUAAAUAUUCAGUGUAUACACACAUUUACAAGGAUGUUUGAGUAAAUGUUUGUCAAAA